AUGCAGGAAACCGGAACAGCCUCGUCUCGCAGCCGGUCCAUAAUCUCCACCCAGAGCCGGGCCUCCAGUCUAGGCCAAGGCUUGGCCUCAGGCUCAAGGGUCUCAAAGUCAAGCAUCCCAGCCCCCUUGAAGGCCAAGAGCCUGAAUCCUGGGGCCAGUGUACAUCGGAUGCGCAGGAUCAUCGCAGAGGAUGCUGAGUGGUCACUGGCUAUUGUACCCCUGCUCACGGAGCUCUGCAUUCGACACAUUGUCAAGAACUUCCAGAACAACCCUAUCCUGAAGCAGCUGCCUGCAAGGCACCAGCAGAAGGUCCUGAACAACCUGUCCCCUGACCUGCCGCUGGCUGUGACCGCCAACCUGAUCGACGACGAGAACUACUGGCACCGCUGCUGUGUGCAGCGCUGGCCCGUGUGCCACUUGGACUGCCACGGCGGCAGCUGGAAAUGCACGUUCUUCGAGAAGCACCUGGAGAACCUGAUAAAGCACUUCAUCCCGGGCACCACGGACCCCGCGGUGAUCCUCGACCUGCUGCCGCUCUGCAGAAACUACGUGCACAGGAUCCGUGUGGACCAGUUCCUGCCACCGGUGCAGCUGCCGCCCCCGCCGCACAGUGGGGACCAGUCGGAUUCCGGCAGCGAGGGAGAGAUGGAGGAGCCCACCAUGGACCACUACCAACUGGGGGACCUGGUGGCUGGCCUGAGCCAGCUGGUGGAGCUGGACCUGGUGUAUGGCGUCAAGGACUGUGGCAUGAACUUCGAGUGGAACCUCUUUCUCUUCACCUACCGCGACUGCCACUCCCUGGCGGCUACCAUUAAGGCAUGCCACACCCUCAAGAUCUUCAGGCUGACCCAAAGCAAGGUGGAUGACGACAAGGCACGCAUCCUAAUUCGCAGCCUCCUGGACCACCCGGCCCUCGAGGAGCUGGACCUGUCACACAACUGCAUUGGGGACCGUGGUGCACGUGCCGCCGCCAAGCUCCUGAGCCACAGCCACCUACGUGUGCUCAACCUGGCCAACAACCAGGUGUGUGCGCCCGGUGCUCAGUCACUGGCUUACGCCCUGGCACACAACACCAACCUCCUUUCCCUCAACCUGCGCCUCAACCGCAUUGAGGAUGAGGGUGGCCAGGCACUCGCCCACGCCUUGCAGACCAACAAGUGCCUCACCACGCUGCACCUUGGUGGCAACGAGCUGUCGGAGCCUACGGCCACGCUCCUCUCCCAGGUGCUCUCCGUCAACACGACCCUCACCAGCAUCAACCUGUCCUGCAACCACAUAGGACUGGAUGGCGGGAAGCAGCUCCUGGAAGGCAUGUCAGACAACAGGACCCUCCUGGACUUUGAUUUGCGCCUGUCCGAUGUAGCCCAGGAGAGCGAAUACCUCAUUGGCCAGGCUCUCUGUGCCAACCGUGAAGAAGCCCGCCAGCGGGCCUUGAAUGCCAGCCACUUCAUGUCACCACUCACUGCCACGGGCCCUGAGAACCCUGAGGGAUAA